AUGUUGAUCCCUGAAGACCAAAUAUGGAUGGUCGUUGUUGGUUUCAUAAUAGCUUUUAUUCUUGCUUUUGGAAUUGGUGCAAAUGAUGUGGCAAAUUCAUUCGGGACUAGUGUUGGGGCCAAAGUAUUAACACUGAAACAAGCUUGUAUUCUUGCUACAAUCUGUGAAUUAAGCGGUUCUGUUCUUUUAGGUGCUAAAGUUUCCAAUACCAUACGGAAAGGUAUUGUUAGUGUCGAACUUUUUCAAACCAUCGACAACGGGCAUGUACUCUUGAUGGCCGGACAGGUUGCUGCUCUGGGUGGUUCUUGUAUUUGGCUUUUGGUUGCUACAUUCUUCCGUCUUCCAGUCUCUGGCACACAUAGUAUUGUAGGUGCAACGAUGGGUUUUAGUCUUGUUGUUUUUGGACUCAAUGCUAUUCAAUGGAAAGGACUACUCAAAAUUGUUGGAUCAUGGUUUCUCUCACCUCUUCUAAGCGGUUUGGCAUCUAUCGGAGUAUUUUUCCUGAUGCGUUUUAUGGUGCUGAGAAAAGAAGAUCCUCUUGAACCUGCACUUAAACUUAUCCCAGGUUUUUUCGGCACAGUGGUUCUGGUCAAUAGUUUUUCAAUAUUUUACGAAGGACCUUCAUUGCUGAAAUUCGAUAGGAUACCUCUUUAUGGAAUAUUUAUAAUUAGCUGUGGUUUAGGUAUUAUCACUGUUCUACUUGUGAAGUUUGUUUGGGUACCUUUGGUUCGUCGACAUAUUUUAACUGGAGAAUCGAGUAGACAUAUUUUAAAAGGCUAUUGUUCCCGUAAGAGCAAAAAGAAAUUGUCUGUCGCCGUAGACGAUAAGUAUCAAUCUGUUGAGGAUAAUAAAUCUUCCAAACUUUCAAGCAGUAAUCAUGAAUCGAUUGAUAUGGAUACGUAUGUACCUCGUGCAGAGGGAGAGGCUGUGGUUGGAUUUCGAAACAAUGUUGCCAAAGGAAAUACAGAUGACAAAGACAAACUUGGACGAGUUACUAAUGAAAAUAAUGGUGUAUUGCAGGGAUUAGAAAAUCAAAAUAAAGUUUCAAGUCAUUUCGAAGUGAAACCAAGUAAUCCAGAUGAAACAGUUUAUAAAAGAAAUCAGUUAAAUAAGGUUUUGGAUUAUUCACCAAAUGAUCAAAAUGCCAUCACGGAUGGUAGUCAUAAUUUAACUAAUGGUAAAAUGAAUGUAUCAUUUCCUCCUAACCUGUCUACAAUUGGUGAAGAACCAGAUCCUAUCGAUUCAGUUAAAGAUCGUCCUGCUGAAGCUCAAGUUUUCUCUUCUUUACAAAUUUUAACAGCUGUUUUUGGAUCAUUUGCUCAUGGUGGUAAUGAUGUAAGUAAUGCUAUCGGGCCGUUGAUUGGUUUAUGGCUUAUUGCCACAACACAAUCAGUUGAUUCAUCGAAAACUACAGAUGUUUGGAUUUUGGUUUAUGGUGGUGUUGGUAUAUCAGUUGGUCUUUGGAUAUGGGGUAGACGAGUUAUUCAAACAUUAGGUGAAGAUCUGACGAAAAUAUCACCUUCCAGUGGUGUUUGUAUUGAAAUUGGUUCAGCCCUAACUGUAUUAAUUGCUAGUAAAAUUGGUCUGCCAAUAUCAACUACACAUUGUAAAGUUGGUUCAGUCGUAUUUGUUGGACGUGCACGUUCUAGAGACAAUGUUAAUUGGGGUAUAUUUCGUAAUAUUCUAGUUGCAUGGUUGGUAACCUUACCCGCUGCUGGUGCUAUCUCUGCUUUACUCAUAAUUUUAAAAACUGAAUUCUAG